AGCGUGCUCAAGUUAGCAUGAAUAUCACCGUUAUUUAAAAACAAAAAGAAUAUUUGCUCUAGCUCUCAAAAUCCAAACGUGAGAAAAAACGGCUUAUAUAUUACUGCAUUGUUGUUUCCGGGCUUCAAACUACCGGUAGCAGUUUAUUCUUGUACUCUGAGGAUUUGUGCUGGUUGCUAUUUGCAAAAUAGUAAGAUCAGAAAGUUUCUCAGCGUGUCAUCAUACUUUGUACCAAAAUCACGAAUAAGUGAAACUCAUAAAUAAAUAGUAUACAGUAUUCUUGCUGCCCCCACUCCCCAAUAAUGAAUGACCUUUACAAGGCAAUUUUUCCUUUCACGCUGCUGUCAAAUUCAACCAUUUCCCCAGCUUGAAUCUCGUUCAAUCCAUAACCGCGAGUAGGAAGUGGUAUUAGUACAAUAGAUUCAAAAAGAAAACUAUAGUGGCUAGAAAAGCUUCGGAGAUCUUAUGGGAAAUUAAAAAGUUGAAGUAAGUUGUGGCUUAUAAAUAGAAAGAUGAGGAGAUAAGGGGCGAGAGCUGGUUUCAAAAAGCCACUCUGCUAAGCUUGCUUAAAAAGUUAUUCACCGGCGGGUAAUCAAAAUGAAUCCAGUUACUGGGAUUUGAUACUUCUAUCUCUAAAUUGUGUUACGCUUGACGAUGUUAUUUUAUUAUAAGUAUUGGUAUGUAUUUAUAUGACGACUUGACUAGUCGAAUGAACACUUGCGACAGGAAUAUGAGCUCCAUAUUUGAAUUGAGAUUUCCGAUCCGCUGAUUGGUUUAGCAAUUUAUCCGUCCAUCUUCUGAUGCAACGUGCUACUCAGUAUUUGGUGCGAUUUUGGAUAUAGUUUCAAGUUUAGAACAAUCCCUGAGUUACAGCAAUUGAUAAUCAUACUCAUAUUUCCUUUAUGAUUUCAAAUCGAUUGAUCGUUACAUUUGGUUCUUUUAGGCAUUUCGACAAAUAGGUUCUGCCUUUAACCACGAAAACGAAUUUGAAAGUUAUCUCCAGAUUCCAAACGACAGAGAGGAUGAAGAAGGAGGUUUGCUGUUGUUUGCGAGGUCGAGUGGUAGAAUUCCUGAUUCAAUCAGCACAGGAGCUUCAAGUUUCACCCAUCGUCAAAUACUCGGCACUCUCACUUUUCGCCGAUCGAUUCUACCCAUCUCUAAGUUCCAGACAAGGAAAUAACGACGCUGCUAAAACCUGGCUCCUACAGCCGCCUCUCAGAGAAAGCAAUUUGCAGCUAUUUGCUCUCGCUGCACUAUGGAUCUCAACCAAAAUACACGAUUCUCCUCCACUUCACGUCAAAUGUUUCAAGUCUUUAGCCGACAACACCAUUACAGAGCAGCAUUUUACAACAAAGGAUUUUCUAGAAGCUGAGUUAGUGCUAAUGCAGGUUUUGAAAUUUGAGAUUGGUAUGUUAAGAAGCAUUGCCUUCAGAUUCUUAGAAGAUCUAAAUACCAAAUUGAGGGAAGUUGCUAGAGUUGGAGAACAAUUAAAUAUUGAAGCUUGUAUGGAUAUUAUGGACUUACUCUAUGAAAAGGGGGAGAUUUCAUCUUUUAAUACUUCUCCCCGUCAUCUCGCCGCGUCUAUAAUGGUUGCUGCAUAUUUGAUCACAGUUCCAGUACAGAAGAGUGAAUUCCCCAUUCUUCUAUGGGUUAAGUUUGUCACGUCGUGCAACGAGGAGGAUAUUCUGGAUACUGUUAGAAGCAUUCUAAUGCAUGUGUUUGAAGCUUGAACGUUGAAUCUGUA